AUGGCUGCCCUUUUGCCUGUCAACACUGGCGUCAAUUAUGACGAAGAGAAAGUAAGCCUUCAGAACUUCCUUGAGAACUUCCAAGGCAAGUCUACCCAAGCUGGACACGCGAUGGAGAUGGAUGAACAACGUCCCAAAUACAUGGGCAUUUUGCAAGCCGUCGCCGAUCGCAAAGAAACUGUCGUUACCAUUGAACUAGAUGACCUUGCUGUCUUUGAAGAUUCCAAGACGCGCACCGUAGCUAAUAUCAUCCGUAACACCAGACAUUAUAUUGAUAUUCUCAGCACUGUUAUCGAUACUAUUCUCACAACCUUGACACCAAACGCAGUCGAAAUGUCCUACAAGGACUCUGUCCUGGACGUCAUCAUCAACCAGCGACGCAAUCGUGACGGACACAGCCUUAAUGAUACCACUACUCAGUUCCCUCCUGCCUUGACUCGUCGCUACGAAGUUUAUAUCAAGCCCUUGGCUUCAGAUCCCGCAUUGGCUGUACGUCAAGUCAAGGGUAUGGCUUUGGGUCAUUUGGUCACAGUGCGCGGUAUCAUCACACGUGUGUCGGACGUAAAACCAUUCUUGCAAGUCAACACCUACAGCUGUGAUUCCUGCGGUCACGAAAUCUUCCAGGAAAUCACCCAGCGCCAAUUCACUCCUCUCACCGAAUGUCCUUCUGAAGAGUGCAAGAGCAACAACUUAAAGGGAAAGCUUUACAUGCAAACUAGAGCUUCUAAGUUCCUUGCUUUCCAGGAAGUCAAGUUGCAAGAAUUGACAGACCAAGUUCCUGUCGGUCACAUCCCUAGAAGCAUGACUGUAAACCUUUAUGGUUCGCGUUGUCGUAUGCUGACACCCGGUGAUGUGUGCAGUGUUUCGGGUAUCUUCUUGCCCUUACCUUACACUGGAUUCAAAGCCAUCAGAGCCGGCUUGAUGACAGAUACUUAUCUGGAAACACAAUAUGUCCACAAACUGAAGAAGCAGUACGACCAGAUCGAAUUGACUCCAGCAGAAGCGGCAAAGGUCGAAAGUCUGCAGCGCAACCCCAACAUUUACAGCCAUCUGGCCCGUAGUAUUGCACCCGAAAUCUACGGUCACGAAGAUGUCAAGAAGACUUUGCUUUUGUUGUUGGUUGGUGGUGUGACAAAGGUUAUUGGUGAUGGUAUGAAGAUCCGUGGUGAUAUCAAUGUGUGCUUGAUGGGUGAUCCUGGUGUGGCCAAAUCUCAGCUGCUGAAGUUUAUCAGCAAGGUCGCACCGCGUGGUGUGUACACCACCGGUCGUGGUUCUUCAGGUGUAGGUUUGACAGCCGCAGUUAUGCGUGAUCCUGUCACAGAUGAAAUGGUUCUUGAAGGUGGUGCACUGGUCUUGGCUGAUAAUGGUAUCUGCUGUAUUGAUGAGUUUGACAAGAUGGACGAAUCGGAUCGUACAGCUAUCCACGAAGUCAUGGAACAGCAGACGAUCUCUAUUUCCAAGGCUGGUAUCAACACCACUCUUAAUGCACGUGCAUCAAUUCUUGCUGCUGCAAACCCUCUGUACGGACGCUAUAACACUCGCAUCUCGCCCACACAGAACAUUAACUUGCCUGCUGCCCUUUUGUCUCGUUUCGAUAUUCUCUAUCUGAUGCUUGACAAGCCCUCUGAUGAAAUGGAUCGCAUGUUGGCCGAGCAUGUGACCUACGUCCACACACACAACAAGCAUCCUUCACUUGACUUUGAUGUGCUUGAACCUAACAUCAUUCGCCACUACGUUGCAUCAGUCCGUCGUCUCACUCCUGUCCUCACCCAGGAAGUGUCGGUGUAUGUGACUAAUGCGUAUGUCAACCUCCGUAACCAAUACAAGCUUGAUGAGGCCCGCCAGCAGCAGUUCACAUAUGCCUCUGCACGUACUCUCUUGGGUAUCAUCCGUAUGGCCCAGGCUAUUGCCCGUAUCCGUUGUUCAUCAUUGGUCGAGACUCCAGAUGUCGACGAAGCUCUGCGUCUACUCGAUGUCAGCAAGUCGUCACUUGCCGAGGCUCAGGGCAAUGGGCACGGCCAGCGCCAGGACCGUACUCCUGCCAGCAGCAUUCUCAAGAUCAUCCGUGAAUUGCGCGAUCAGCAAGGCGAUGUCCUUAGCUUGUCUGAAAUUAGAGAACAUGUUACCAACAAGGGAUACACUGAGGGACAGCUCGAGGAAACCAUCAAGACUUAUAUGGACCUCAAUGUCUGGCACGUUAAUGCUGCCCGUACCUACCUUUCUUUGGUCCAUUAAAAAAGCAAAACAAAAGAAUCUAUUGCCUCUUAAUCUUAUUUUUUUCUCCUUUCUUUCUUUACUUCUCUUUACUUUAUAUUCUCAUUGCAUUUAUUCUUAUUCCUUGACGUAUUUUUGUUCUUCUGUAGAUAAAAACAAGAUAAAAUAAAACAAAAAUACAUUUAUGGAAUG